AUAAGAUUAAGUCACUCGAAUCGACAGAUAUUCUGUUAAUAUCAGAUGGAAAUGCAUUCCUUGCUUGCUAUUCACAUAUGAAAAAAAUUCAACGAGGUUACUCGCCAGAACUGGGAAUGGUAGAUUUUGGACAAUUUAGCGAUGAGAGUGGUGAGAAUGUGAAAGUUGCAUUGAUGAGACAUGCAAAGGGAUCAGGGGAAACUCAAAUGACUGUGAAAAAUGCUGCUGAAGUUUUGCACCCCAAAGUCGCCCUUUUGGUCGGGAUUUGUGAAACCAUGAAACCAGAAAUGGCAAAACUUGGUGAUGUUGUGAUUUCUGCGAAAUUGGCAACUUAUAAGGUUGAAUGCAGCCGAGACGAUGACACAUUUGAGUAUAAUUGUGAAUCCAAAGAGAAAGUGAGUCCGAAAAUGGGAAAAUUGAUUCUUUCUGCGGCUGAUGGUUGGAAUCCACCAUUAAAAGACCCAAAUAGUUUUGAAGUCAAAGUUCAUCAACAAGCUUUGAUGUUAAGUGGCUCAGGUUUUAUUAAAAAUAAAAAAAGAGUAAAUGAAUUAAAAGACAAGUUUCCAAAUGCAGUUGCUGUUGAAAUAAAGGGAAAAGGUAGGUAGAAGCUUUCUACAAGUGAGUCAUAUGCAUGGUUCUGCCAUCUGUGUAUUCCACACCAAGGCUUUAAUAAAACCAGUUUUAAUAUUUUUAGCCUGAAUGUGAAAGGCUCAUAUGCACAACUCAGCUGCUGAAUACAUCAGCAGGAGGUAUAUAAAAUGAUCAGGUCUUCUCAUUGCAUCAAGUGUUUUUUUAUUUUGUGCUUAAAUUUUAGGUUUAUAUAAAGCAGCACAUGAUCUUGAGAUGGAAUGGUUCAUUAUAAAAGGUGUAUCAGAUUUGGCAGGUGGAAGUGAUUUAGAAAAGGUGGCAAAUCUUUGGAAUCGAUUUGCUAGUGUAAUGGCGACAUCUGUUGUACACAAUACGUUCAAAUACCCUACUGUACUAAAAGGCUGGCCUCACUACAAAGAAGCAAAAGACACCCAAGGUAUGUAG